GAAAAGUCCAGCUUGACUCGGAGACGUAAGCAGAGAGCCUACCAGAACUUAGAGACUAACUGGACUCUACGGUCAGAUACAAUAUGUGAAGGCAAACCAUGUAAACGGAAGAUGUGGCAAAGAUACAACAUGAAAAUGAAAUGGAAAUCCACCCAAGGUUUCUGCCUCCAUUUUGGCUGCUUAGACAUGACGGAUGAAGAUGUUAACACAGACUUGCUACAACGAAGAAGGAUCAAGGAGAUGCCUAUUCUUCAAGCUGCAAAAGAGAACAAUGUGGAGCUUCUGAGAGACAUUCUGUCAUCAGACAAAUGUGACCCCUUCCAGAGAGGUGCUUUAGGUGAAACAGCUCUGCACAUGGCGGCCCUAUAUGACAACCUGGAGGUAGCAGAAAUUCUCCUGACAGAGGCGCCAUAUCUGCUGAACCUUCCCAUGACCUCUGAGAUCUACCAAGGACAGACGGCUCUUCACAUCGCCGCCGUCAACCAAAACAUGAAUUUCGUCAAGAUGCUCAUACAGAGAGGAGCUGAUGUCUCUUCGCCAAAAGCGACCGGCAGCUUCUUCACCCAGAAACCUCUGGGCCUCUUCUACUUUGGGGAACAUAUUUUAAGCUUUGCUGCUUGUGUUGGAAACAUAGAAAUCGUCAAGUUACUUGUAGAGAAUGGGGCAAACCUUCGCGCUCAGGACUGCUGGGGAAACACUGUCCUCCAUAUUCUGACCCUCCAGCCCAACAUGUCCAGGUCCUGCCAGAUGUAUGACCUCCUUCUCUCUCUUGACACUAAGCUGAGUGUCCCAUAUUUGGACCAAAUCACAAAUUAUCAGGGUCUCACUCCAUUCAAGAUGGCUGCGGCUGAAGGAAACGUGGUCAUGUUCCAGCAUCUCCUCAAAAAGGGAACGAAGACAGUACAGCUAAUGGGUCCAACAACUUACACCCUGUAUGAUCUGACUGAGAUUGACUCCUGGGGGACUCCAUGUUCGGUUCUCCAUCUUAUCGUCACCUCUCGGAAGGCUGAGGCACGCCGGAUCCUGGACAUCACUCCAGUGAAGGAGCUUAUUGAUGAGAAGUGGAAGAGGUUUGGGCGGCCAUAUUUCUGGGUUCUGGCUGCAAUCUAUAUGUUGUAUAUGACCUGCGUCUCUCUGUGCUGUGCAAAUCGACCUCUGACGCCUCUACAAAACCGCUCAUCAAACCCCCGGGAUAUUACUAUUCUACGAGAAGUCAACCUUCUGGACUCUUAUAACACUCCGAUGGAUGUGCUACGAUUAGUGGGUGAAAUCAUCUCAGUUAUUGGGGCGCUGGUGAUGUUACUUCUAGAGAUCCCUGUGCUAGUGAGAACACAGAGUAUUGUCUUACUCAAGGACACCGUUUCAGGGGGAAUAUUCAAUUUUAUUCUAGUUUUUUUCUCCUGCUCGGUUCUUCUUACACUGGCCCUGAGACUCACAAACUCUAAGGGAGAAGUCAUUCCCAUGUCCCUGGCUUUGGUGUUUGGUUGGUGCUAUGCUAUGUACUUUGCACGUGGAUUCCAGAUGCUUGGACCGUUCACUGUCAUGAUACACAAGAUAAUGUAUGGAGAUCUCCUGAGGUUUUUCUGGCUUAUGAUGGUUGUUAUUAUUGGAUUUGGCACAGCUUUCUACAUAGAAUUUCAGACCCAGGACCCGGCCCAGUUGGGAGUAUUUUACAGCUAUGCCAUGUCUAUUUACAGCACCUAUCAGCUUUUCAUCAAUGUCAUAAACUCCCCGGCCAAUUAUUCCGUUGACUUCCCGUUUAUUUUUGACAUUGUUUAUUUCUUCUUCACUUUAAUUUCCAACCUCUUGAUGAUGAGUCUAUUGAUUGCGAUGAUGGCCGACACACACUGGAGGGUGGCACAGGAGAGGGACGAGCUGUGGAGGACUCAGGUCAGUGGAGAUCAUAGCUGUGGAGGACUCAGGUGGCAGCAACUACAGUUAUGUUAGAAAGUAAGUUACCUCGCUGCUUCUGGCCUCGCCUCGGCAUUUGUGGAGCUGAAUAUGGACUUGGAAACCGAUGGUAUUUAUGUAUACAGAAAGAACACCAGGAAGAACCAGGUAUCAUGGUAAUGUCCCCGCAGAUCUACAAAUCCCAGGACACACAGAAUGUACGGCAGAAUUCCACAUCUUCAACCAAUGGAGACAACAGAGAAGAUGGAAACACC